AUGCUCUAUGGCCGAGAGUCAGGCAGCCCUGGUGCCGCGGUCGACGCCAGUAUAGUGGUCAGCGACGGUGGUUCUGGAAGUGCCGGUGAACUGUACACAAACCACACUGCAGGGCAGCAGAAUCAGCAUCAGCACCAACACCAGCAUCAGCACCAACACCAGCAUCAGCAGCAACAACAACAACAACAACAACAACAGCAGCAGCAAGAGGAGGGAGACUGCCUGGACGACCGCCGCCUUUUGCCAGCUGAAUGUAUGGACCACGAACGUGCUUUCAUCCGUCAAGCUGGCACAGGAGAAGAGCACGACUACUUUGAGCAGUCGGGCAACAGUCCGACGGCAGUGCUUACGUAUCCGGGAGAGCUCUUGCCCGCAGGCGGUAUCGGUGCCGAUGGCAGUCUCAUACCGGCCGACCAGGCGGCAGUCAGUCUGGGCUACUUCACCUUGCCGACGGGGCAACUGGCUGGUGCUGCACAAGCCUACCAACUGACGCCCACUUGCGACUAUCUUCCCGUAGUCAGCCCGGCAGCGUAUGCAGCUGCCUUGGCGGCGGCAGCCGCCGCCGCCAACCACGGCUAUGCUACCGGCGGAGGUGGGCAACAGAGCGCUGCCGCUGCGGCCCAGUACCCCGGACAACCGACCCAUCUGCCCCAGGUCCAGCAGACCGUGGCCCUGGGGCAGGGCGUAGCCACACGCGGUCUGCUCUCACCGCAACACCAGCCUCUGCUGAUGAUGACGAGCGACGGC